CUUUUCCCUCCCACAUUGCACCACUCGUAGACUCGAUAUGACCGAGUUUGAAUCACCUUUCGGUCCUCUUCCUCACAUCCCGGAUGAUGUUACCCUCCCUCAGUUUCUUUUGGAUUCCACGCACCCUCGACGACCGGUACGCAAGGAGGGAAUUCCAUGGCUCAUCGAGGAUGCCACUGGACGGAGGAUUGGAUUUGAGGAGAUUCGCGCUCGUGUAGACGGUCUUGCAAACGCGCUAAGUCUCAAAUGGUCAAUACGGGAAGACGAAGUUGUCUGCAUCUUCAGUCCAAACCAUGUCGACUAUCCCGUCGCAAUCUAUGCGGUACAUAGGCUGGGUGCGAUAGUCACGGCUGCAAACCCCGCGUACAACGCAGCCGAGCUUGAAUAUCAGCUGUCCACGACAAAAACUGUCAGCAUAAUCGUCCACCCCGCCUUCUUACCGGCAGCAUUAGAGGCCGCGUCAAAAUGUAGCAUUCCAGCCGAGCGUAUCAUUCUUCUCAGUGAUUCGCAAUCAUCGAAGUCGAAGGACGUGCAUCCCCACCUGGACGACCUUAUCGCCUACGGCCUGAGUCAGAAACCGAAUUUCGUGGAGCGCAGGCUGGCGAAGGGCGAGGCAAAGACAAAGCUUGCGUUCCUGUCAUUCUCGUCCGGGACGACAGGUAAACCCAAGGCCGUGGCCAUCCCGCACUAUGCUCCCAUAGCCAAUGUCCUCCAAAUGACGCCCUCGCAAAAGCUGAACGAAAACUAUACAUCGUGGGACAAGCAACGAUACAGGCCGGGAGAUGUCUGCUCUGCAGUGUUACCGUUUUUCCACAUCUAUGGUCUUGUUGUGAACAUGAGCUUCAUGUUAUUCGCAGGGUUAACGCUUGUCGUCAUCUCGAAAUACGACCAUGCCAGAUUCUUAGAAAGCAUUCACAAGUACCGCAUAACUCAUUUACUAGUCGUCCCUCCCCAGGUCGUGUUGCUCUGCAAGCAUCCUGCGACGAAGAAAUACGACCUUAGCCACGUCCGCUUCCUCAUGAGUGGCGCAGCACCGCUGUCCAAGGAGCUCACACAACAGUUACUCAAAGUCCUGCCAAACGCAGAGAUUGGCCAGGGUUAUGGUAUGACGGAAACGUCGACGACUAUCUGCAUGGUCCCUUGGAAUCAGAGGAUCGGCACGUUGGGCAGUGGAGGGCAGUUUGUCGCUGGAAUUCGCGCAAGGGUGCUGAAAGAGGAUGGUUCGCUGGCGACGUAUGGCGAGCAGGGUGAAUUGCAUGUUUCGGGGCCUGCUAUGGCUUUGAGGUAUUCCAAUAACCCAGAGGCGACGAAUGAGACUUUCGUCGAUGGCUGGGUCCGCACAGGUGAUGAGGUCGUCAUUGACAAGAAUAACGAUGUCUAUAUCGUCGACAGGCUGAAGGAAAUCAUGAAAGUCCGUGGCUUCCAGGUAGCCCCAGCCGAGCUCGAAGGGCACUUGUUACAGCACCCCGCUGUUGCGGAUACCUGCGUCGUGGGCGUGCCUGACGAGUACAGCGGCGAGGUCCCGUUGGCUUUCGUCGUUCUCCAUCAGGAGAUAGCGAGAAAGGCAGCAUCAAACUCAACUGAAGCGGCGAAGCUGAAGGAGGAUAUCAAGAAGUGGGUCACUGACCAUAAGGUGCACUACAAGAAGCUUGCUGGUGGUGUUGAGUUUGUGGACGUUAUACCCAAGAACCCGAGUGGGAAGCUGUUGCGGAGGUUGCUGAGAGAUAAGGCGAAGGAGCUUCGUGUGCCUGUGAAGGCGAAGCUAUAAACUCAGAGAGACGGUGGUUGUGGACGGAUUCUGAGCAUUGCUGCAUGUAUAACGCAUUUACCAACUAUUGGAUGGAACUCACCACC